CUUCUACCAUUUUACUAGUCGUUCUAUUUUGAGGGAAUAUAUCUACACUCUUCACAGAUACUCACCUCUCUCCUAACAGGUAAUAUAUGGUCACAGGUGAUGGAAAAGGACAACACAAGUUCUUUUGAAAGAUUCAUCCUCGUGGGCUUCUCUGAUCGUCCCCACCUAGAGCUGAUCCUCUUUGUGGUUGUCCUCACUUUUUAUCUGCUGACUCUUCUUGGCAACAUGACCAUCAUCUUGCUUUCAGUUCUCGAUUCCCAGCUACACACACCAAUGUAUUUCUUUUUGGCAAACCUCUCAUUCCUAGACAUGUGUUUCACCACAGGUUCCAUCCCUCAGAUGCUCUACAACCUUGGCGGUCCAGAUAAGACCAUCAGCUAUCUCGGUUGUGCCAUUCAGCUCUACUUCGUCCUGGCUCUGGGAGGAGUGGAGUGUGUCCUCCUGGCUGUCAUGGCAUAUGACCGCUAUGCUGCAGUCUGCAAACCUCUGCACUACACUGUCAUCAUGCACCCACGUCUCUGUGGGCAGCUGGCUUCAGUGGCAUGGUUGAGUGGCUUUGGCAAUUCUCUCAUAAUGGCACCCCAGACGUUGAUGCUACCUCGCUGUGGGCACAGGCGGGUAGACCACUUUCUCUGUGAGAUGCCAGCACUAAUUGGCAUGGCCUGUGUAGAUACCAUGACCCUUGAGGCAUUAGCAUUUGCCUUGGCAAUCUUUAUCAUCUUGGCACCACUCAUCCUCAUCCUCAUCUCUUAUGGUUACAUUGUACAAGCUGUACUUAGGAUCAAGUCAGCUGCUGGACGAAAGAAAGCCUUCAACACCUGUAGUUCCCACCUCAUUGUUGUCUCUCUCUUCUAUGGUACGAUCAUAUACAUGUACCUCCAGCCAGCAAACACUAAUUCUCAGGACCAGGGCAAGUUCCUUACUCUUUUCUAUACAAUUGUCACUCCCAGUGUUAACCCCCUGAUUUAUACACUGAGAAACAAAGAUGUUAAAGAGGCCAUGAAGAAGGUACUAGGGAAAGAGGGUGCAGAAGUACAGUAAAAAGUCAUCAGAUUUGGGGAUUGUCUUUUGACCCAACUUCUAUACACGUUGUUAGAACUAGCAAAUAAAGGAAUAUUCUGACAUUACAGACUAAAGAGGCACUUACUGAGAUGGGGAAUUCAAUGGUUUAGCUAAGUUGAGAAAACACAAUAUUCCUGAGUUGACAGUCACUUGUACUCCUCUCAAGUCCGUGUAAGUCAAGUAUUCAUCACUAGGAGGGCUCCAAUCUAGGAUCAAACAGUGACCUAUGCUUGCAAAAUACUAGCCAUGAAUGUAGACACGAGGCAUUUUGUACCUAUUCUAGCUUCCAUCACAAUGAUUUGUACUUAAUAGCUCCUCAACAUAUAUGAAAAGAAUGAACUUAACAAGUGGUGAAGAAAAAUACUUAUUUUAUCUAGGAAGUUCAAAUGAGCUUUUAUAGUGCCAAAUGGCUGAAUGAGAGGCAGUAUAAAUUAUUCAGUUUUCUAGCACUUUAGUAUCUUCAAUAGUAUAACUUACAUGUGGCUCCUGCAUAUUUUGAAUUAUUUAUAUA